AUGUGGGCUUCAUUUACAAGUACCCUGGCAGUUUCUGCCGCCUUCUCAAGCGUUGCGGCAACUUGCACUAAGUCUCGGGCUACUGCCUCCUCUAUCGGUAAUGGCACAUACGAUUACAUUGUCGUUGGUGGUGGCCCAUCUGGUAUCAUCGCCGCGACCCGUCUUGCUCAGUCCUCCAGCAAGAGCGUGCUUCUCCUCUCCCGCGGUCAAGGCCCGACCGUCGGGACCGGGGCCGUAGGCACAGUGGGCUUCAACAACAGUUUGUCGCCUAUUGAUGUCCCUGGUCUCUCGACUGCUGUCACUUCAUACAAUGUGGGCGACCAGCCGCUCUUCCAAGCCUACCUCUGCUCGGAUGUCGAUGCCUUCGCAGCCUGCGUUUUCGGAGGUGGUGCUUCUAUCAACUACAUGGUCUUCCCUCACCCUCCUGAGCAUGACUUUGACGACAAAUGGCCCGCGGAGUGGAAAUGGGACGACAUAUCAGCCGCCGCUGACCGCGUAUGGGACCUCAACCCUGGAACCAUGCUCCCAAGCAUGGACGGGAAACGAUAUGAUCAAGGCAUGUUCGAGACUGUAUCGAAGUUUUUGGAUGCUCAAGGCUGGUCUGAGGUUAAUCAGACCGAGGAACCCAACAAGAAGACCAAGGUGUACAGCUAUCCCAAUUGGGAUAUCGGCGUCUCUGAGGGUCUGCCUGAGCGUGUUGGUCCCUUGAGGACGUAUCUGCCCUUGGCCGAAAAGCUUGAAAACUUUUCCUACCGUCUGAACUCUACUGUCCGCCGCGUUGUCCGUAACGGGGGACGUAUCACUGGUGUCGAAGUGGAGACAGAAUCGGGCCUCGAAACUGUAAGCCUUGCUGCUGACGGCAAGGUCGUCCUGGCAGCUGGCCCCUGGGGAACACCUCGCAUCCUAUUCAACUCAGGUAUUGGCCCGGCGGAACAGAUCCAGACUGUUGCCGAUGGUACCACUGGCAUAACUGUGCCGCCUAAGGAGGACUGGAUUGACCUCCCUGUUGGCCAAGCUAUAAAAGACCACCCGAUCUUCAGCGUCUACGUUCAGACGCCUGACAACUGGACGUCAUUCAACACUUCUACUGUCGUGGACGGCACCAACCUCAAUGACAUUGAAUUGUAUACACAGGAGGGCUCAGGCGUUCUAUCCCAGGGCUAUCACCGAAUGAUUUUCUGGACGUCAAAUGUGGCCUCUGACAACAUCACCCGCUAUUACCAGGGUAGCGUGAGCCCUCAGGGCCCAGGUCUCUUCCUGAUCAAGGCUUAUCUGACACACGGUGCUACAUCUUCUGGCAAAAUGGGUAUCUACGCCAACGGCACAGUCGGUUACACCCAGAUGCCUUACCUCCAGACUCAGGGUGACCAAGAAGCUGCGAAGAUGUUCGUGGACGAGCUGAUCGAGAGCGUCUCAUCUUACGGCUGGGAGCUCACUCAAGGGACCACCAACGCCUCUUCCAUCCUGUCCGCCUAUACUCAAGGUGACCAUUACGUUGGCACGGCGAACAUCGGAACUGACCCAAAGACCUCUGUGGUGGAUACAAACGUCAAGGUGUGGGGUACUGACAACCUUUACGUUGUUGAUUCCAGCAUCCACGCUGAUCUUCCAACGGGGAAUACGCAAGCCAUCACUAUGGUUGUGGCUGAGGCCGCAGUCGAGAAGAUUAUCGCUGCGAGCAAAGCCACUCCAGGCUCGCCUUCUCAGCUCAAGAGACGUCACCAUUAA